CGGAAGGCCUGCCCCAGGUGUUCUACUUUGGGCCCUGUGGGAAGUAUAAUGCCAUGGUCCUAGAGCUGCUGGGCCCCAGUUUAGAAGACCUCUUUGACCUUUGUGACAGGACCUUCUCACUAAAGACUGUAUUAAUGAUUGCCAUUCAGCUGGUGAGUUCCCAACAUCAAAUAAUGCUAUAUUUACCAGAUUUGUUCAAACUGGUCUGCAAUUCGAAGGUUGGGGUCAAUUCCAUGUAAUUCGGCCAAUUUAGGAGAACUUAAAAUGUGAUUCUGAAAAGUUAUUUUUCCCAAUUCAUGAUUUGGAAAGGGGCUUUUUUUAAAGUCAUGAAUUAAUCCCCGGGAAAAUAUUGGAUUAUAAUUGACCCCAAUCCUGCUGAGAUCAGAUUUUUGGUAGAGUUUCUGUUUCCUUAUUGAACCCUGAUUUGAUUGAACUUAUUGGUCUAGUCUGUGUGUACCCAUGCGUAGUCCAGGAGGCCACUCUGUUACUGACUGUCCUGUGCCGUCCCUAUCCAGAUCUCCCGGAUGGAGUAUGUGCACUCUAAAAACCUCAUCUACAGAGACGUAAAGCCUGAGAACUUCCUCAUCGGACGGGGAGGAUGCAAAAAGGACCACAUUAUCCACAUCAUUGACUUUGGCCUGGCCAAAGAGUACAUCGACCCUGAAACCAAAAAACACAUCCCAUACCGGGAGCACAAGAGCUUAACCGGGACAGCCCGAUACAUGUCCAUUAACACACAUUUGGGAAAAGGUAUGUCUGGUUUGCCAAGAAUUUCUAAGGGGUGGUUUACGCACAUUUUUAAAUGUAGUUAUUAGUUAUGACACUGCUUUGUCAGCAUGCUAGUGUUGUUGUGAAACUUGGUUAUGAGGUGUUUAUACACUGCUCAAAAAAAUAAAGGGAACACUAAAAUAACACAUCCUAGAUCUGAAUGAAUGAAAUAAUCUUAUAAAAUACUUUUUUCUUUACAUAGUUGAAUGUGCUGACAACAAAAUCACACAAAAAUUAUCAAUGGAAAUAAAAUGUAUCAACCCAUGGAGGUCUGGAUUUGGAGUCGCACUCAAAAUUAAAGUGGAAAACCACACUACAGGCUGAUCCAACUUUGAUGUAAUGUCCUUAAAACAAGUCAAAAUGAGGCUCAGUAGUGUGUGUGGCCUCCACGUGCCUGUAUGACCUCCCUACAACGCCUGGGCAUGCUCCUGAUGAGGUGGUGUAUGGUCUCCUGAGGGAUCUCCUCCCAGACCUGGACUAAAGCAUCCGCCAACUCCUGGACAGUCUGUGGUGCAACGUGGCGUUGGUGGAUGGAGCGAGACAUAAUGUCCCAGAUGUGCUCAAUUGGAUUCAGGUCUGGGGAACGGGCGGUCCAUAGCAUCAAUGCCUUCCUCUUGCAGGAACUGCUGACACACUCCAGCCACAUGAGGUCUAGCAUUGUCUUGCAUUAGGAGGAAUCCAGGGCCAACCGCACCAGCAUAUGGUCUCACAAGGGGUCUGAGGAUCUCAUCUCGGUACCUAAUGGCAGUCAGGCUACCUCUGGCGAGCACAUGGAGGGCUGUGUGGCCCCCCAAAGAAAUGCCACCCCACACCAUGACUGACCCACCGCCAAACCGGUCAUGCUGGAGGAUGUUGCAGGCAGCAGAACGUUCUCCACGGCAUCUCCAGACUCUGUCACGUCUGUCACGUGCUCAGUGUGAACCUGCUUUCAUCUGUGAAGAGCACAGUGCGCCAGUGGCGAAUUUGCCAAUCUUGGUGUUCUCUGGCAAAUACCAAACGUCCUGCACGGUGUUGGGCUGUAAGCACAACCCCCACCUGUGGAUGUCGGGCCCUCAUACCACCCUCAUGGAGUCUGUUUCUGACCGUUUGAGCAGACACAUGCACAUUUGUGGCCUGCUGGAGGUCAUUUUGCAGGGCUCUGGCAGUGCUCGUCCUGCUCCUCCUUGCACAAAGGCGGAGGUAGCGGUCCUGCUGCUGGGUUGUUGCCCUCCUACGGCCUCCUCCACGUCUCCUGAUGUACUGGCCUGUCUCCUGGUAGCGCCUCCAUGCUCUGGACACUACGCUGACAGACACAGCAAACCUUCUUGCCACAGCUCGCAUUGAUGUGCCAUCCUGGAUGAGCUGCACUACCUGAGCCACUUGUGUGGGUUGUAGACUCCGUCUCAUGCUACCACUAGAGUGAAAGCACCGCCAGCAUUCAAAAGUGACCAAAACAUCAGCCAGGAAGCAUAGGAACUGAGAAGUGGUCUGUGGUCACCACCUGCAGAACCACUCCUUUAUUGGGGGUGUCUUGCUAAUUACCUAUAAUUUCCACCUGUUGUCUAUUCCAUUUUCACAACAGCAUGUGACAUUUAUUGUCAAUCAGUGUUGCUUCCUAAGUGGACAGUUUGAUUUCACAGAAGUGUGAUUGACUUGGAGUUACAUUGUGUUGUUUAAGUGUUCCCUUUAUUUUUUUGAGCAGUGUACUUUUAGAUAAAUCAUGUCUCCUUGGAUUUGGCCAAUGAGUAGGCAACAUUUCUUUGUCCAGGGCUUUUUUUUUCAUUUAAGGUUGGCAAGGUUGCAAAUACUAAGUAUAACUUAGCCAGGGUUUAUGAGUGACUAGGGCCCCUGAACUUUUAUCACAAAAAGGGAGGCAGCUUCCCAGAUAAAGGUUGGGGUUAAAGCAAGUUAAGGAAAUUCUAAUCAUGGCUCACUGCGUUUUCCUCCUUUUUAAGUAACUCCCCCUUGUUUUUGUUAAUAGAGCAAAGUCGUCGAGAUGACCUGGAAGCCUUGGGUCACAUGUUCAUGUACUUCCUCCGUGGGAGUCUACCGUGGCAAGGACUAAAGGUAUGUGACGUCCUCUGAGAUUUCACGCUGGUGCUGUGUUUGUAGCAACAUACAGAUGUUUUAUGUGGGUCUUUGACAGGCUGAUACACUGAAAGAACGAUACCAGAAGAUCGGCGACACAAAAAGAAACACUCCCGUUGAGGUUCUCUGUGAGAGCUUCCCAGGUACAGCCUGACUAUUUCUCUCAUCUAAAUCUAAUGCUGUUUUUCAAUGCAACACUUUGUUGGGUUUUUUACAACAAUUUGAUCAUGGUAAUUUAGCCACAUGUAAGCGAGGAGUGCUUUUGGCGCCCCUUGACUACACUUCAGGAUGUUGUAUUGUUCCUCACAUUACACGUUCAAAUCUACAUCUGCAAUUGGUGUUUGCUGUUACAGAAGAGAUGGCCACCUAUUUACGCUACGUGAGGCGGUUGGAUUUCUUUGAAAAGCCUGAUUACGAAUACCUGAGGACCCUGUUCACAGAGCUGUUUGAACGGAAAGGAUACACCUUCGAUUACACCUACGACUGGGUCGGCAGGCAGAUAGUAUGUAACGCCACUCACUGGCUAAUAUUGGGGGGAAAACAUAGAGCAGGCCUAAGUAUUUUAGCUACAAUAUAACAUUGGUUUACUCUUGUACCCCAUAGCCAACACCAGUAGGGACUGUCAACAUGGACUCUGGGGCUUCUGCCAUCACCAGAGAGAGCCACCCACACAGAGAACGGCCCUCGCAGCACCAACCCAUGAGGAAUCAGGUAAACUGAACUUGCUCUGAAGAGCCCUGAUCCACACUGAUGGUCCACACUGUGCCCUAACCACAGUAUUUUUCAAUUAAGGCUCAAGGAUCAUAACGGCUGCUACAUUACCCCUUUAGUUACAAUGCCCCCAGCCUCUGGAAUUGCCUGCCAGAGAACCUGAGGGGGUUCGAAACUGUGGACAUAUUUCAAAGGGAUCUUAAAACGCAUUUAACUCUGCUUUUCCUUAGGGUGCUUUUUAGUCUUUCAGUUUUUAUUGUUUUGUUUUUUUAUCCUCUGUGUAGUAAAUAUUUCAGUUGUAAUUUCAUUUUUGGUUAGUCUUUUUUUCCUGGGAAUUUCAUUGCGUUGCAUCCCUGUCUAUAUAAAUAAAGCUUGAUUUGAUUAGCCUACAUCUUCCAACACUGACCCCCUCCUCCUCCUACUUACUGAGGAGCAAGUUUUAGAAUCUGUGGUGGGGGUGAGUUUACAGAGUGGGUCCCUUGGGUGUGGUGGGGAGGCACCACAGCAGCUCCAGGCCAUAACCCACUGAGUCAGACUCAUCAUUCUUACUCUGUUAAAUAAACAAUGGUGGUUGGAUCCCACAGCUGCCACCAACUGUGAAUCUUAUUAAGCCUGCAAGACUCCGGAGCUUAUUAAGCCUGCUAGACUCCGGAGCUUAUUAAGCCUGCUAGACUCCGGAGCUUAUUAAGCCUGCUAGACUCCGGAGCUUAUUAAGCCUGCUAGACUCCGGAGCUUAUUAAGCCUGCUAGACUCCGGAGCUUAUUAAGCCUGUUAGACUGCGGAGCUUGCUUGAUGCACGUAAUGGCAAAGAUGCAUGUGUAUAAAUCUUCUGGCGUUUAAAGGAGCAGUAAAGGUAUGUCUGGGAUAAAACUUUUUUGUAUUUCCUGGUUCAAAAUGUUAUGUAGAAUUGUGUUUUCUUACGAAAGUAAGUUGAUAUGCUACCUUUAUUUGCCAGUGCACAGUGGUUUUGUACAUGUCAUAAAGGAACCCUUUUGACAAGCAUUUGAUUUAUAAGGGGCUACCUUAACCUUUUGCACAUGCCACCUCUGCAUGCAUUCCUCAACACAGGCCAAAUACCAGGGAGAGCAACCAGGCUUUGAGGAAGUUAACAAUAACCUCACCACAGUCACAUCACAAUGGGAAAUCUCAGUCUGAACCUAGCUCACACACUGAAUGUUGCUAGUUAAUAUGCAGACACUCGUAGAAUUCUUACUCUGUUAAAUAAACAGCCAAAAGAGACCUAUUCAUGUGUUCCAGUCCCGUUGAUUGUAUCCUUUAUGUAGUCAACUGCCCUGUGUGUAUUCUGUAGUGUGAUGACUGGUUCACUCAGGGCCAAAUCCCAACUUGUGAAGCGCACGCCUUACUCGAACUUCGUUUUGUGUAUAUCACCCAUUGAUUUAAAUGGGGGAGAUUCAAGCAAAUGUUUGAGUGGAAUGUGCGUAUCGCCAAGUUAGUAUCCGGCCCUCGGUCACUAAGGCAGUUUCCUGCUUCGCCUUUUUUUAUUCAUCUCUGCUUUUUUCUUUUUUUUUCUUUCCUUUCUCCUGCCGCUUUGCAUGACACCUGGUCUGGCCCCGCCCCCACACACGCUUAAACCCCGCCCCCACCCUCACUCCCCUUCCCCUCCAUCACCACCAUAACUCCCUGAGCAGACGGCAGCUUCCGACCGGAGGGGAGCAUGGGAAGUGCAGCCCAGUCGGACAAACUCCUCCUACAUGGCCUCCCACCUGGCAUCGGACAGGCACGGGGGCUCAGUGCAGGUACACAACUACAACUCCACACUGACCCAUCAGUCGAUUGUCCACUUCCCCUCCGAUCCCAACCCGCCUUCCUUCCCCUGUUUCCUCACAUGGUGUGCCACGGUCCACCACAAGUAUGUCAAUGGCAUACGUUACUCAUCAUUGGCAUACUUGAGUUAGGAGGUGUGUGUGUGUGAGGGUGCUAGAGAUUUGGUGUGUAUCUGUGUGUGCUCACAUCUUUUGUCUUCCAGCCCUUGGUCUUCUUUCCCUGUGUUUUUGGAAAGGCAAGCUUCAUAACAGGUCAUGACUGGUUAUGACAAACUAAUCUGGAGGCGAAAGAAACGCACACCUGUUUAGGAGAGGUGCUGGCUAGCGGAGUAGAACACCUGUUUAGGAGAGGUGCUGGCUAGCGGAGUAGAACACCUGUUUAGGACAGGUGCUGGCUAGCGGAGUAGAACACCUGUUUAGGAGAGGUGCUGGCUAGCGGAGUAGAACACCUGUUUAGGACAGGUGCUGGCUAGCGGAGUAGAACACCUGUUUAGGAGAGGUGCUGGCUAGCGGAGUAGAACACCUGUUUAGGAGAGGUGCUGGCUAGCGGAGUAGAACACCUGUUUAGGAGAGGUGCUGGCUAGCGGAGUAGAACACCUGUUUAGGACAGGUGCUGGCUAGCGGAGUAGAACACCUGUUUAGGAGAGGUGCUGGCUAGCGGAGUAGAACACCUGUUUAGGACAGGUGCUGGCUAGCGGAGUAGAACACCUGUUUAGGAGAGGUGCUGGCUAGCGGAGUAGAACACCUGUUUAGGAGAGGUGCUGGCUAGCGGAGUAGAACACCUGUUUAGGAGAGGUGCUGGCUAGCGGAGUAGAACACCUGUUUAGGAGAGGUGCUGGCUAGCGGAGUAGAACACCUGGUUAGGAGAGGUGCUGGCUAGCGGAGUAGAACACUUGAAAAAGAAAAGGAGAGCCACACACUAGGAGGUCAGAUGUUAUAAUUGAAUAACCUAAUAACCACGACAAACUAACAUUAUACAACCAGGUUGAUCCUUGUUGUGUUGGGUGCAGUGAUGAGUUGACUUGGUUUAGCAAUGUUUUUUUUGUUUAUAUAUAUUUGUUUACUUUUUACCUAUUUUUUUUCUCCCCAAUUGCAUGAUAUCCAAUUGGUAGUUAGUCUUGUCCCAUCGCUGCAACUCCUGUACGGACUCGGGAGAGGUGAAGGUCGAGAGCCAUACGUCCUCCGAAACACGACCCUGCCAAGCCGCACUGCUUCUUGACACACUGCUCGCUUAACCCGGAAGCCAGCCGCACCAAUGUGUCGGAGGAAACACUGUACAACUGGCGACCGUGUCAGCGUGCAUGCUCCCGGCCCGCCACAGGUGUCGCUACAGCGCGAUGGGAGAAGGACAUCCAAGCCGGCCAAACCCUCCCCUAAACCGGGCGACGCUGGGCCAAUUGUGCGUCGCCUCAUGGGUCUCCCGGAUUGAACCCGGAUCUGUAAUGACCCCUCAAGCACUGCAGUACCUUAGAACGCUGCUCCACUCGGAAGGCCUAGCAAUGCAUGUUUUUUGAUUAAAUAAAACCUAAAGAGGGUAAAUCAUCAUCAAAUAAUGCCCCUGUGUGUGGGACUCUGACUGUCAUACGUUGUGCCCUUCCUUUAAUUCAUUGUAGGGCUUCAAUAUAGUGUGAUUUAAUGUCUGGUCUAAUACAUUUAUGAUGCACCUUUUACUCACACCUCUUGAUAAAUAUUCGGAGAGGUUAAUUUAAGAUCGUAGAGUAUUUAUUUCUUCAAAAUGUGAAAAGCUAAAACUGCUUGACAAAGCUUGAUAAGAUUUUGUUACAGAACACAAUAGAUGGUAUUACUUGCCGUAUACGUCACAGGUGUGUGUGUGUCAUGUACUGGCUCUGUGUUUGAGGGUUGAAGUUGUGUUUUUAUGAAUGAGCUGAAUAUGUGGAAACGGUCAGUGACUCCACCUGAAUCAACCCUCUCUCCGUGUGCCACAGGUGGUCAGUUCAACCAAUGGGGAGCUGAAUGCCGAUGACCCUCUGGCAGCCCACUCCAAUGCACCAAUCACAGUCCAGGCCGAGGUGGAGGUGGUGGAUGAGGCCAAGUAUGUAUCAGCUCAUAUUCCCCCUUUAACCUUUUCAAUUUCUUUCUCCAACUCUACUCCCUCUGCUUUCCUCUCCUCCUCAACUCUUACUCUCAUUCUUCUGCUCUUUCCUCCACCCUCUGGAUCUCUCUCUCUCUACCUCCUCUACCUCCUUCCCUCUGUCUCACCCUCCAUCUCACACAUACAUCCCUUGUCUGUCUUGAUCUCUCGGUCUCUCUACCUCCUUCCCCCUCUCUUUCACCCCCCCUCUCUCGCUCUCUCUCCCUCCCCCCUCUCUCUCCACCCUCUUUCUUUCUCACAUACAUCCCUUGUCUGUCUUGAUCUCUAUCUCUCUACUUCCUUCCCCCUCUCUCACCCCCCCUCUCUUUCUCCACCCUCUUUCUCACACACAUACAUCCCUUGUCUGUCUUGAUCUCUCGCUCUACCUCCUUCCCCCUCUCUCGCGCUCUCUCCCUCCCCCCUCUCUCUCCACCCUCUUUCUUUCUCACAUACAUCCCUUGUCUCUCACUGACUCACUCACACACACACACACACACACACAUCCAGUUGAAGUCGGAAGUUUACAUACACUUAGGUUGGAGUCAUUAAAACUUGUUUUUCAACCACUCUACACAUUUCUUGUUAACAAACUAUAGUUUUGGCAAGUCGGUUAGGACAUACGUAAUUUUUCCAACAAUUGUUUACAGACAUAUUAUUUCACUUAUAAUUCACUGUAUCACAAUUCCAGUGGGUCAGAAGUUUACAUACACUAAGUUGACUGUGUCUUUAAACAGCUUGGAAAAUUCCAGAAAAUUGUCAUGGCUUUAGAAGCUUCUGAUAGGCUAAUUGACAUCAUUUGAGUCAAUUGGAGGUGUACCUGUGGAUGUAUUUCAAGGCCUACCUUCAAACUCAGUGCCUCUUUGCUUGACAUCAUGGGAAAAUCAAAAUAAAUCAGCAAAGACAUCAGGAAAAACAAUUGUAGACCUCCACAAGUCUGGUUCAUCCUUGGGAGCAAUUUCCAAACGCCUGAAGGUACCACGUUCAUCUGUACAAACAAUAGUACGCAAGUAUAAACACCAUGGGACUAUGCAGCCGUCAUACCACUCAGGAAGGAGACGCGUUCUGUCUCCUAGAGAUUAACGUACUUUGGUUCGAAAAGUGCAAAUCAAUCCCAGAACAACAGCAAAGGACCUUGUGAAGAUGCUGGAGGAAACGGGUACAAAAGUAUCUAUAUCCACAGCAAAACAAGUCCUAUAUCGAUAUAACCUGAAAGCUCAUCAAGUAAGAAGCCACUGCUCCAAAACCGCCAUAAAAAAGGCAGACUACGGUUUGCAACUGCACAUGGGGUCAAAGAUCGUACUUUUUGGAGAAAUGUACUCUGGUCUGAUUAAACAAAAAUGGAACAGUUUGGCCAUAAUGACCAUCGUUAUGUUUGGAGGAAAAGGGGGGGGGGCUUGCAAGCUGAAGAACACCAUCCCAACCGUGAAGCACGGGGGUGGCAGCAUCAUGCUGUGGGGGUGCUUUGCUGCAGGAGGGACUGGUGCACUUCACAAAAUAGUUGACAUCAUGAGGAAGGAAAAUUAUGUGGAUAUAUUGAAGCAACAUCUCAAGACAUCAGUCAGGAAGUUAAAGCUUGGUCGCAAAUGGGUCUUCCAAAUGGAUAAUGACCCCAAGCAUACUUCCAAAGUUGUGGCAAAAUGGCUUAAGGACAACAAAGUCAAGGUAUGGGAGUGGCCAUCACAAAGCCCUGUCCUCAAUCCUAUAGAACAUUUGUGGGCAGAACUGAAAAAGCAUGUGCGAGCAAGGAGGCCUACAAACCUGACUCAGUUACACCAGCUCUGUCAGGAGGAGUGGGCCAAAAUUCACCCAACUUAUUGUGGAAAGCUACCCGAAACGUUUGAACCAAGUUAAACAAUGUAAAGGCAAUGCUACCAUAUACUAAUUGAGUGUAUGUAAACUUCUGACCCACUGGGAAUGUGAUGAAAGAAAUAAAAGCUGAAAUAAAUCAUUCUCUCUACUAUUAUUCUGACAUUUCACAUUCUUAAAAUAAAGUGGUGAUCCUAACUGACCCUAAGACAGGGAAUUUUUACUAGGAUUAAAUGUCAGGAAUUGUGAAAAACUGAGUUUAAAUGAAUUUGGCUAAGGUGUAUGUAAACUUCCGACUUCAACUGUACAUCCCUUGUCUGUCUUGAUCUCUCUCUCACCCCCCUCUCUCUCUCCACCCACUUUCUCUCUCACAUACAUCCCUUGUCUGUCUUGUUCAUUCUCUCUCUCUCUUUCUCUCUCAGGUCUCUCCCUACACUGUCCCCUCUCUGUGUUGCUUCCUGAUUGUGUACUUUCUAAGCCUGUGUCCUGCGUGUCCCUAUUACAAUCCUUUGUUUUGUUAAGGUUGGGACUGCUCCUUAUCCCCCCCCCCAUCAGAUGUCCUCUCACUUCUCCUAGGCUCAGUGCAGCAAGAGAAGAACAAAAUAAAACUACUAUAAUGCAAUGAGCUUAUCAAAACUCAAUGCAUAUCAUGUAAUAUCAUCUCUAGGAUUACCCUAAAUUAGAUACACCUACUAGUCAGUAAUUGUGGAUGAAAUCCCUGUAACAUACCCAGCAUAGUGAAUGCCAACAUUGAGUGUGUUGUCCUUCGAUAUAAUCUAAUCCCCCAGUGUCUGUUGUCCCCCACCUCAGUUAGAUUCAGUCACACUGUGCAUGUAUCCCUGGCCAGCCCUCGGAGCCUGGUUCCUCUCGAGGUUUCUUCCCAGGUUCCUGCAUUUCUAGAGUUUUUCCUAGCCACUGUGCUUCUACAUCUGCAUUGCUUGCUCUCUGGUGUUUUAGGCUGUGUUUCUGCAUAAGCACUUUGUGACAACUGCUGAUGUAAAAAGGGCUUUAUAAAACACGUUUGAAAUUGUUAGGUGAUUGGUUUGUCUCCCGCUUGUUCAUUCACAUACCCUUUUGAUAGGAGGUUUUCCGCUGGCCCUUUGAUUUUCCCAUCAUCAACAGACUUCCUCUUUGAUAUGAUCCCACUGUGUUGAAAGCCAGGGCCCCAGAAGACAGAGUUCAAUUAAUGUGACAACAGGGUUUCCAUAGCAAUGUGGCAUAAAGCUCUGUUUUUUGCUCGUUGUUUCUCUCUCUCUCCCCCUCCCUCGCUCUCUCGCUCUCUGGUAAUCCUUUCUACAUCCGCUCCGAAAGGAUUUUGGAAGUAUCGCUCGUGGUAAUGAGCGUCCAUGAUACAGUAUGUUGAAAUGGAGUGAGAUUAAGAUUAUACAUCAGUUGAAUAGUGUACUUAGAACUCGUUAGAACUAAACAGGUGUAGUUAGCUCUGGAACCAAAGAGUCAGAGCCAUUGAGUCUUCAAUCUUUGACCUUUUGAACCCUGCCCUCUGUCUCCACCUGUCUUGUGUGUGUGUGUGUGUGUGUGUGUGUGUGUGUGUGGCAUGGUCUGUCCCAUUGACUGCUGUAUUAAUCUUGUCUUUUCUCUCUACACUCUUUCUUCUCUGUAGCUGCGUGAAAAUGCUCAACCUGUGGUGAGUCCCUCUCUCCUAGUCCAUACCAUACCCAUGGGACAGGACAGGGAGUGGACCAGCCGAGGCUGCUGGGCCCAGUGGAGUUCACUAGUGUAGUUGACUAGUACACACUGUGAAGGGACCCUGCUCUUACACUGGGCAAAACUGAUUAAAAACAGUGCUCGAUAUGUCCACUACUGAUAUAGGCCAGUGGGUUAUAAAAGCCUUUUCAGACACUAUCUUCUCACUGAUACUGAUGCUACAGAUCAGCUGAAUGGGUUGUGGGCUAGGUGAUAUCUGAUUAUAUCUACUAAUCAUUCUUUAAAUAACACUGUGCUUUUCAUACAUUGACUUUAAUAUAGGCUAUUGAGUACUUUCUUUUUAGAAAGUCUUUGUCCUGAAAUUUUAUUUUAAAAGUAAAUUAUUUGGAAAUGCUGUCAAUUCCUUUUUUUCUGUUAUGUUUUUAUUCACCAUGGAGGGAGCCAUAAAUAUCUUCUAAAACCUACUAACUAGCAGGGUACCUUAAAUAUUGACUAAACCUGCUACUAGAGAUCGUGGUUCGAAUCCAGGCUCUGUCGUAGCUGGCCGUGACCGGGAGACCCAUGGGGAGGCGCACAAUUGGCCCAGCGUCGUCCAGGGUAGGGGAAGGAAUGGCCGGCAGGGAUGUAGCUCAGUUGGUAGAGCAUGGCGUUUGCAAUGACAGGGUUGUGGGUUCGAUUCCCACGGGGGGCCAGUAUGAAUAAUAAAAAAAAUAAUGUAUGCACUCACUAACUGUAAGUCGCUCUGGAGAAGAGCGUCUGCUAAAUGACUAAAAUGUAAAUGUAAUUAUUGACUAAAACAUACUAGCAAGCAGGGCACCUUAAAUAUAGACUAAAACCUGCUAGCUAGCAGGGCACCUUUAAAUAUAGACUAAAACCUGCUAGCUAGCAGGGCAACUUUUAAAUACAGACUAAAACCUGCUAGCUAGCAGGGCACCUUUUAAAUAUAGACUAAAACCUGCUAGCUAGCAGGGCACCUUUAAAUAUAGACUAAAACCUGCUAGCUAGCAGGGCACCUUUAAAUAUAGACUAAAACCUGCUAGCUAGCAGGGCACCUUUUAAAUAUAGACUAAAACCUGCUAGCUAGCAGGGCACCUUUUAAAUAUUGACUAAAACCUACUAGCUAGCAGGGCACCUUUUUAAUAUCUACUAAAAUCUACUAGCAGGGCACCUGAGAAUAGCAAAUCACUUCCUUAGGGUUCAUCUCAACGCUGUGCCUUUAAAAAUAAAUCAAAGUUUUUUCUUUGUAGCCAGUCACUGUGUUGUGUGUGUGUAGAGCUGACCUCUGGUCAGUCACUGCAUGCUGUAAUAGUCAUCCCAUUAGGCUCUGUCCUGUGCUCUGUGUCUCCACCACUGUUGUUUAUCACACCACUGUACUAAACACACUGGUCCUUUUACCUCAGACGCCCUCUGUAGGUUCUUCUUAGAACUGUUUUGACUCCACACUGUUGGGGAUCUUGGCAUAGUGUGUGUGUUUUACUUCUACCAUCACGGUAGUUCGUAUUUCUUCUCAUGCCCCGAGUCAGUCUCUUCAUGUUGAUUCUACUCCUUGAGAUGUUCUGAUGUUGGUUACAAGGAACGGAUCUAACAAAUUAACAUCUCAUGGCAUCCAAAAUAUGUGUACACUGACGGUCAUUGGCUGCCUUUACACAGGUAGCCCAAUUCUGAUAUUUUGCCACUAAUUGAUCUUUUGACCAAUCAGAUCAGAUAUUUUGCCAAUAAUUGGUCAAAAGAUCAGAAUUGGGCUGCCUGUGUCAACACAGCUAUUGUGUAACAUAUAAUUUCUCCUCUUGUCCUCUAGCUGUUUAAAUGAAAUUACCUCACACUUUAACAACUUACCAGGGUGGUGUUCAUUAGGGCGCAAGUCUAGGUUAGUCCCUUCACUGGUUUAGUCAGUUUUCUUCCGUUUGGUGCCUAAUGAACACGACCCAGUCAUAGUAUGCAGUGUUGGCUUGCCUCUAACCAGUCUCUUUCCACGUCUACAGGUGCUGCUGCUUCUUCAAACGAAAACGGAAGAAGAACACCCCGCGACACAAAUGAUCAGCGGCACGCCUGGAUCGCUCAAAAGUCUUGCUCGAUAAGGUUGUGAAUCGAGAACAUCAAUAAAGUCCCAUUCAGACCAACGAAGAAGACCACGGGAGAGUGAUGAGAGGCGAUGUGAACACACACAGACAAGUGUGGCUGUCUGUCGAUGGGAAUUCCUUUAGAAUUUUGUUGUUUUUCCUCCACGAUGCUUGGGAAUAUUUGUCGGGCCCCGUUGUUGCCGGGAUUGGGAUCUUGGCUUUUGCAAUUAGUUUAAGCUUGAUUGAUGGGCUGGACAAUGGAAACACAACGGACUGUCUCUCAGCCUCUUGCUCUUUCAUAAACACACACUGAAUGUAUGGGCGGAAAGAUAAAUGUCUAUGGGAGAAUAAAGAAGAUGGGACAAGUCCUGGGAGAGGAAAGCUUGUUGGCUACUGACUGACUACAUGUAAAUAAUGGACCAAUAUCAGUUGGAACUGCCACACCUCUAUAAACGGUUUGGACUUCAGUGUAACAAUGUCCACAUGGUAGCAACCUAGUGGUGUUUCCUCUACACUGCACACUAAGGAGAGAAGAGAGGGAGAUGGUGGCUUAAGGGUUGUCUACUGCUACUGUCCAAUGCCUUAACCAAACCAGUACCCAACAGAGCCAGGAGAGGGUGACGCAGGAGGCCAGGCUCUCCGUACUGAGAGGAUAUCUAUGGUCCCCUGCUUAAUGUAAUGAUGUAACAUACCACCCACCCAAUGUGGAGUUCAGUUCCCCACUGGUGGUACAGUAUCUAUAGAAUAGGUGGUUCAGAGAUAAUGUUGACUAGGGGCAACAGUUUAGGGUUCAUUUGGUUGUUUGUCAGUGAACUGUCAUGUAAAAUUCAGUGCCAUGUCAGCUUUGUGCGUUCGAUCUCUAUCUGCAAUGUUCAUAACGUUGCAACACACUGUGUAAGCCCCUGGUCUCGUAGAAUGAUCUCAUGUUCUGUCGUUGAGGGAAUGCUCUUUCACAUUUUCUGCCCCUCUGUUUCCAGUGUAUUUGCCCUGUGCUGCAAAGCAUCAUCUGUGAGACUAUUGAUGAUGAUUGAUCCCAAAUGCCAAGUCCCCAAAAGUCCCAAAUGGAAAACCUGGGAUUGCCUCAUAGGGAUAUUGAAAAGUACCUGGUGAAAAUCUGUGUAUAUGGUUAUUUUAUUUUAUUCAAUAUUGCUUUUUGUUUUUCCUUGCAAGUGACAUGGAGGAUUGCCUUGAACAAACACACUCGACGUCGACACUGUCACCUUGCCUAUCCUCUCCACAGCAUUAAUUCCAUAGGAGUGACAUUUGGGUUUUAUGUAAUUAUGUCCAUUUUUUAUUUUAUUUUUUAAAUAUAUAGCUAAUGUGAAUUUCAAAUGUGAGCAAAUGUAUUUUUCUGUUUCAAAUAGCCAUGAAGUAUGUGGACCGGACAGAGGGGGACAAAAAGCUAGAGUUUUGACUGCACUACAUUUGUUGACCCACUGAUGUUGACCUAAUACCUUGCUUUCCCCGUACUGUAUUGAUUGAUGUGCUUACUAUACUUAAUUGUAGCGGCCUUCUGUGCUAGGUCUGUUCUUACAUACACUUAACCAAUUCCGGCAUUAACC